GGCUCUCUAUCGGAGCGUGUGCACGCGGUGUGCGCGGCGUAUGCGCUGACGGCGCUCACUAACAAGCCCACGCUCGCCCUCUGGCCCGCCGACCACCACCUGCCCGCCACCACCUUCCGCCACCUCUUUUCCGCCCCCCCCGCGCCCAACAGCAGCCGCAGUAGCAGCAGCGGAGGGGAGGGGGCGGAGGGGUGGGGAGUGAGCGGGGGGGAGGGCGGGGUGUGGGUGCGCGACCUGCCUGUGCGCAGCGACGCGCUGAAGGCGCAACUGGCCUCCACGCCGCAGCAGCAGGUGAGGCAUGAGGGCGGUGCGGGGCAGGUGGUGCUGCGGCCAUGCAGGGGCAGGUCGUCCUCCCGCUCCCUGCCUCCUCCCCCGCACCUCUUCCUCGCACCCCACUCUGCUGCUGCUCAACCUCACACCCCACACGCACCGCCAGCACAUGGAGUAGAAGCAGCAGCAGCAGGGGCGGCGGAGGGCGAGGGAGGGGGGGCGGGUCUGUUCCUGGGGGGCCAGGGCGAAGGCGCAAGGGCGGCGCAAGGGAGGGUGGAGGUGGAGGGGUGCGAGUAUGAGCGGCGGGUGGACGAGUGUCUGGGCGCCCUGGAGCCGUCCCCGUUGGUGGCGGCGCUGGUGCUCAGGGAGGACGUGCACCGCCUCGCCACCUCCACUGCCUUCUAUGUUGAUGUGCGGGACUUCAUGCUGCCACGCUCUUGCAUGCUGCACCAUGCACCCCCUCUCGGCCCCUCAGGCUGUGCGGGGUGCAGCGAGGAGUCGGAGUAUUCGCCCCCCAUGUGCGCCAUGCGCCGCAUCGCCAUGACCUACCUGGCCGACCGCGCUGUCUCCUUCACCCUCGCCGCCCACUCGCCCGCCCACGUGCCCCAAAUCAUGGACUACUUCCCCCCCGCCCGCUCCCCGCUCCUGCUCCAAGCCACCCAAUCGCGCAUUGCCACGUGUCAGCUGGAGGAGGAGGUUGAGGUGGAGGAGGGAGAGGGAGGGGAGAAGGUGGGGAGUGGGGAGGAGGAUGUGGUGGGGGGAGAGGUGUUGAGGGAAGGGGAGGGGAUGGGGCAGGAGGGGGAGAGGAGGGAAGGGGGAGGGUUGCGAAGGAGGAGAGUGAGAAGAGUGGUUCGGAGAUUGGAGGUGUCUGAUGAGACUCUGAUGCGCAGCGCCUUAGAGCUGACUUCCCCCGUCCCCCCCUCGUCCCGCCCAUGUUCUCCUUCCACAGCUAUCGGAGCUCGUCCCGCCCAUGUUCUCCUUCCACAGCUAUCGGAGCUCGUCCCGCCCAUGUUCUCCUUCCACAGCUAUCGGAGCUCGUCCCGCCCAUGUUCUCCUUCCACAGCUAUCGGAGCUCGUCCCGCCCAUGUUCUCCUUCCACAGCUAUCGGAGCUCGUCCCGCCCAUGUUCUCCUUCCACAGCUAUCGGAGCUCGUCCCGCCCAUGUUCUCCUUCCACAGCUAUCGGAGCUCGUCCCGCCCAUGUUCUCCUUCCACAGCUAUCGGAGCUCGUCCCGCCCAUGUUCUCCUUCCACAGCUAUCGGAGCUCGUCCCGCCCAUGUUCUCCUUCCACAGCUAUCGGAGCUCGUCCCGCCCAUGUUCUCCUUCCACAGCUAUCGGAGCUCGUCCCGCCCAUGUUCUCCUUCCACAGCUAUCGGAGCUCGUCCCGCCCAUGUUCUCCUUCCACAGCUAUCGGAGCUCGUCCCGCCCAUGUUCUCCUUCCACAGCUAUCGGAGCUCGUCCCGCCCAUGUUCUCCUUCCACAGCUAUCGGAGCUCGUCCCGCCCAUGUUCUCCUUCCACAGCUAUCGGAGCUCGUCCCGCCCAUGUUCUCCUUCCACAGCUAUCGGAGCUCGUCCCGCCCAUGUUCUCCUUCCACAGCUAUCGGAGCUCGUCCCGCCCAUGUUCUCCUUCCACAGCUAUCGGAGCUCGUCCCGCCCAUGUUCUCCUUCCACAGCUAUCGGAGCUCGUCCCGCCCAUGUUCUCCUUCCACAGCUAUCGGAGCUCGUCCCGCCCAUGUUCUCCUUCCACAGCUAUCGGAGCUCGUCCCGCCCAUGUUCUCCUUCCACAGCUAUCGGAGCUCGUCCCGCCCAUGUUCUCCUUCCACAGCUAUCGGAGCUCGUCCCGCCCAUGUUCUCCUUCCACAGCUAUCGGAGCUCUUCUCAUUGAACCUAGCAGGGGCGCUGGUCGACAGCAGCGCCCUCCCCCCUCCUUCCCUCAAUUCCCUCAUCCCCCCCCUCCACUGCUCCCCUUUCCUUUCCCUUCCCCGCCUCCCAUAG